GCGUUUCUUUAAGGCCAAUCUACGAGUACGGGAGAGAUAUGAGAAUUGCUUUGAAUGCUCAUCGUCUGUUCACUCUCCAAAACCCUCACUCUCUCUUCAAGCCAUUUCUCAUUCCAACUCUCCGAACCAUCAAAUUCAACAAUUUCAGAAGCCUUCGUCCCAAAACCCUAGGGUUUAAUCAUCGUUGCAGAGCAAUGGCGACUUCAACCUCACCACCACCACCAUCACCGCCUCCUUUAGUUCAAGUGAAAGAGAGGAUUGAUCUUACGGACAAGGAAAAGCAGAUAUUCGAUCGUCUGGUGGAAGUUCUUCGCCAUUUCAGUCUCCAAACUCAACUCCGAGUCGCCGGUGGCUGGGUUCGCGACAAGCUUUUAGGCAAAGACUGUUAUGAUAUCGACAUUGCUCUUGACAACAUGUUGGGUAGAGAGUUUUGUGAAAAGGUCAAUGAGUACUCAUCAUCUAAAGGGGAAGAAGCACAAGGAAUCGGUGUCAUCCAAUGCAAUCCUGACCAGUCCAAACAUUUGGAAACAGCAAGGAUGCGCCUGUUUGAUAUAUGGAUUGAUUUUGUGAACUUAAGAUCUGAAGACUACAGUGAGAAUAGCCGCAUUCCUACAAUGAGGUUUGGUACGGCAGAAGAGGAUGCAUAUAGGAGAGAUCUAACCAUUAAUAGUUUGUUUUAUAAUAUUAACACCAGCUCAGUUGAAGAUUUUACUGGAAGAGGCAUUGAAGAUCUGAAGUUCGGAAAAAUUGUGACUCCUUUACCUCCGAAGGAAACAUUUUUGGAUGAUCCCCUUCGAGUUCUUCGAGCUAUUCGUUUUGGUGCCAGGUUUGGGUUUACACUAGAUGAGGAACUAAAAAAAGCAGCAGCUGACGAUGAUGUGAGAGCUGCUAUUGCUGAUAAAAUUAGCAGAGAACGUAUUGGUCAUGAAAUUGAUCUCAUGAUCUCUGGCAACCAACCAGUUAAAGCAAUGACUCAUAUUUCUGAUUUGCUGUUAUUUUGGGUUGUCUUCAGUUUUCCUCCCAAGUUUGAGCUUCCUACAUCAGAAGGAUUUGAUAGGUUGUGCGUUACUUACAUGGAUGCUGCGAUGAAUCUUAUGCAAAUUAGUGGAUACUCUACCUUCAUUGAUGAACAAAGGAGGCUCUCCUUUUAUGCGGCAUUGUUUAUACCAUUUAGGAAGAUGGUAUAUAGAGAUAAUAAAGCUAAAAAGAUUCCAGUCGUGAGUUACUUCUUUCGCAGUUCUCUCAAGCUAAAGUCUAGUGACGCUGACACGGUUAUAAGCAUACACAAAGCAACCGAGAAAUUUUUAUCCUUGAUUCCUUUCUUUGCAUCUGAUGAGGAGAUACAAACUGCUGAAGUUGAUUGGGGAAGGGAAAGUCUUGAUGUUCCUAUUGCUUUAAAACUGCGUGUAUUGGCAGGGUUGCUUCUUCGAGAAAUCAAAGAGUUUUGGCCUGCUGCACUCUUGGUGUCUGUGUUGUUGUGCCCUGAUAAUAUUGACUGCUCUAUAGAUUCUUCAGAGAAGCACUUCGAAUUGGACAAAAGAAGAGAAUUAUUUACGACAGUCAAGGACGCAAUUACAAGGCUAGGCUUGGAGAGAGUCUGGGAGAUGAAGCCAUUGGUCAAUGGGAAGGAUAUAAUGAGUGUUUUGCAGCUUAAGACUGGAGGACCACUUGUUAGGGAAUGGCAACAAGAACUUGUCGAGUGGCAGCUAGCCUACCCUUCCGGGACUGCUGAGGAAUGCCUUGAUUGGAUGAGGCAAACUCAUUCAAAGCGUGCAAGGAUGGAGUAACUUGUCCACUCAAUUACUUUUCUUUUAGUUAGAUCUUAAAUCUCAUCUACCUCUCGAUGAAAAAAAAAAAAGAAAAGGUUUCUAAUUUUUCCACCUUUUUUGGGGGUCAUGCAGUUGGAAUUUUGUUAUGAUAUACAAGCAGCAUCUUUGAAGUUCGAGCUGCCAAAAUUGUUAGAUUUGUUUUUACACCAGGAACCCCUCCCCCCUUUUCCCCCAACAUGUACAGGUUAUAGAGGAUAAGUGACUCAUCAGCAGAAUCAUCUAAUCUUUAGUGAGAAAUCUCUGUAUUCUUUUUUGCAAAAAUUUAUAUUCAUAUGGAUCCUACAUUUGUUCGUCACAACUUUCAGCGGAUCCUAUAGUUUUGUAAUCUACAUUUUUUCACUUGCAAUUUAGAUAAUUUAAAGCAUGGUUUCGUGCUACCUUUUAUUCUUUCACUCC